AUGAAAAAAUUAAUCGAAAAGAAUGUUAUAAAAAUAAAUUACCACAACUUUUUAAAUAAAUACAAAACACACACAGGGUGUGAAGGGGAUGCCACUGACAAAGAACUGUACGAACACUUCAUCGUAAAUCCGCUCACAUAUUCCGGGGCAAGGGGAUGCUUGCCAAAAGGGUUCAUCCAAUGGAAAGAACUCCAACAACUGGAUGGAUUAAACAUUUUUGAAAUUGUCGAUUAUGUCAAUGUGGGGGAGCGGCUGUACAAAAUUGAUGAGAUCGACGGGGGGGAAGAUGACCAAGUGCAGGACUGCCCUAACGGAUUGGAGGAUUCUGGAGACUCGCCAUAUGAUGAUCCCCCUGAUGGUAGCAAGAUCAGUCGAUUUCACAAAUUGAAGAAGAAAAACGAAAAGAAUGACAAAAUAAAGACAACAAAUAAGAAGGACAAGAAUUACCUGCCCACCAAGGGGAAUCCAAAAAAAAGAAGAAUUUUUCGCUUUUUACUCUUCGAUGGGAAUAAUUUUAUUUAUGCCUAUGAGAAGGAGUACAACGAGAAUUUUAACUACCUAGAGAAGUAUACUUAUAGGUACCCCAAAAUUAUUUUGUAUAAUAAACCCUCCAUUCAACGUGGGACUCUAUUGUUAAAGAAAAGUCAGGUGGCUAUUUUAUUUAAGGGAUGUAAAGAGUCCGAAACGGGUGGUGCCCUUUUGGAGGAUGACGAGGUGGAUGAAGUGGCCCCCACCACGGCGAACCCCUUCCAUGAGCAGGGCAACCAAAGUUACCAAGGUGCCAUAAAAAAGAGAGAAAACGCUAGUAUUAUCAAUUUAGCCGAUGGAUCAACAAAGUACGCUUAUGAGGAGGACAAAAUUGGUAUGCGCCAAAAAAUGCAGUGCAGGGAGAACCAGAAUGAUGAUUCCCCCAGGAAAUUCUACUACGUAGAAGACACGGCAAGAGAUGAUUUCCAAUUUAGCGACGCGUACGUCAAAAGGGUGAAUCAUCCCAACGUGGAGGACAGAAGUAAGUCCAACAUAUGUAACAGGAUUAAUCAGCACAGCCUUGAUGUACUUGGAAAGGAAUAUUCCCAUAGCAAAGGGGAACAUACAUGGGAAGGGCGUACUAAUGUGCACAGUGUAGAAACGGAAAAUACACAGGCGGUGGGUAGCAACCCGAAUGGACAUUACAACCGCAACACUAAGUGGAGUAACCUUCACAAUUUGGAAAAGGUUGACGGGGAAAAUUUUAACAUGGGCGAUGGUAACUACAGGGAGAGACACCCAAGUGAACACACCACCGCUAUCCACGUAAUGCAGAGCGAAAAUGGCUUCCAAAAAGAGAGAACCUACUUCUGCAAUAGGGAUAACGAUCGGGGAUACCCCACAAAGUGUGACGACAAUUAUGCGAGAAACUCUGGUGAGGAGUAUCCAAGGCUGAGCGAGUAUAACCAUCAGAUGGGAAGCCCCAUUUAUUGGUCUAAACAAACGAAGUACAGACAUGCUAGCAACGAACUGCAGGACAGGGGAUAUCAUACAUUAAGUGAUACUGUAGGAGGAGACUGGAGUGGCCACCUCAAACAUGGAAGCAAUAGAAACAAAGGAGAUACCAGCCAGUUUAGCAGCCAGUUUAGCAGCCAGUUUAGCAGCCAAUAUGGCAACUUUGGGCGCAUGGCUCAUCCGAUGCAUACAAAUGAUCCAGAAAAGACGAACAGCUUAACAGCGCUUGAAAAGGGAAGGAGCGACAAUUGGAUGAUGGGCAACCGAUCCACAAAAACGCAUUCACAGAGUCGUGAAAACCAAAUGGGUGAGGCGCUGCAAAAUGUAGAACGCACACAUCUUGAGGCGAAAUACCCAGUGGGAGAGAACCUUGCUGGGCUGAAGAGCGGCGAAAUUUUCGGCAAAACAGAUCAACGCUGCGAUUCCAUAAACAGAAAAAAUGACAACGAACCGAUCGAUUUGACGGAAGGGUUUUUUCAGUUCGAUUUUUUUCACAAGACGCAAGAAUUGGACAGCGUGAAUAAAGGUAGUGAGGUUAUUAUUGUCGAUGACUGA